GCAGCCUCGGCGCAUGCGCGGCAGGUGACAGCGUCGACCAGCGUCGUCCAUGGCAGGCGGGUGUCGCUCGGGGGAUCCCGCGGCCUACUCGGCCCGGCCGCCGGGGUGGCGGCUCGCGGCGGCGCUGCUGGUGCUGCUGGCGGCGGGCCGCGGGGCGCAGGCGCUCUACUUCCACAUCGGGGAGACGGAGAAGCGCUGCUUCAUCGAGGAGAUCCCUGACGAGACCAUGGUUAUCGGUACGCAUGCGCGAGGAGGGGAGAGAGGGGCGGGGGUGUGGGAGAGCGCGGGGGGUGCGCGCGCACCGGCUCACCUGUCUCCUGUUGACGGUGGCGCGCCUGUUCCUCCGCUCCGCAGGGAACUACCGGACGCAGCUGUGGGACAAACAGUCCGAGGCCUUUCUGCCCUCCACGCCGGGCCUGGGCAUGUUCGUGGAGGUCAAGGAUCCCUAUGGGAAGGUGAGCAGCAGCUGAGGAGCAGGAGGAGGAGCUGCUUCUGCUUGGCCUGACAGCAGCAGCCAAGGGGGCGCUGAGCAAGGAGACCCUGCCCACCACCCUCUCCUCCCUGGGGCCUUUCAAUAGUUUGGGGGGCGGGGUGUAUGUGUGCAGGGAGGCAACAUGCCUGUUGCUUCCUCACCUCUGCAUCGGGGUGAGGGAGAGGAUGAAAAGCCCCUGAAAGGGCCAGGCGACUCCUUGGUGGGGGUGAGGAUGGUCUGGGGUCUUCAGCCCUGGCGAAAGCUCCAAUCAGAUAUCAUUAAAGGUAAAGGGACCCCUGACCGUUAGGCCCAGUCGUGGCUGACUCUGGGGUUGUGGAGCUCAUCUCGCUUUACUGGCCGAGGGAGCCGGCGUACAGCUUCCGGGUCAUGUGGCCAGCAUGACUAAGCUGCUUCUGGCGAACCAGAGCAACACACGGAAACACUGUUCACUUUCCCGCCGGAGCGGUACCUAUUUAUCUACUUGCACUUUGACGUGCUUUCGAACUGCUAGGUUGGCAGGAGCAGGGACUGAGCAACGGUAGCUCACCCUGUUGCGGGGAUUCGAACCGGCGACCUUCUGAUUGCCCCAGGCUCUGUGAGCAGAAAUGGAAGCAGCAGGUGAGAUACCCCCACACCCCUACCUGCCUGACUUUGCUGCUGCUUGAUGGUUUCAGAUGGUCCUCUCCCGGCAAUACGGCUCUGAAGGCCGCUUCACCUUCACUUCGCACACCCCAGGAGAGCACCAGAUCUGCCUCCACUCCAACUCCACCCGCAUGGCCCUUUUUGCAGGCGGGAAACUGGUAAGCAGGUUACUAUGUGCCCUUUCCCCCUGUCCAUCUUGCUCCAGCCGAGAUGGUGGGGGCUGCUCUUCAGGUACUCUGCCCUCAUGAACUGGACCCCACCUCACCCUGGUUAUUGCUUGUGUAAAGCAAGAGAGAAGCUGGUGUAGAAGGCCAGAGCUCUUUCUACAUUUGCUGAGCAACUGAUUGGAAGAGAGGAGGAAAAAGCCCUGAUGAGGCAGGGGUGGGGAGUGGGUUGAACUGCAGUGGUGGCUCUUGAAUUGGUUUGUGUGUUGCUGUGUUGUGUUCAGCGGGUGCACUUGGAUAUCCAAGUCGGGGAGCAUGCCAACAAUUACCCAGAGAUCGCAGCCAAGGACAAGCUGACGGAACUGCAGCUAAGAGCCAGGCAGCUCUUGGACCAGGUGGAGCAGAUCCAGAAGGAGCAGAACUACCAAAGAGUAAGUAAUGGAUUUCUUUCUUUCUUUUUUACCAUAAUGCCAUUCAGGAGGAGGAGCGGGAUCUUGAAUGGCAUUAUUGGGGGGGAGGGAUCUACCCUGUCCAUGGUUUGUGAGGAACUUGUCAGGCCUCAAUGUUUAAAUGGUUCCUACCUAAUUACACACGGGUGGCGUUGUGGGUUAAACCACAGAGCCUAGGACUUACCAAUCAGAAGGUCGGCAGUUCGAAUCCCUUCGACGGGGUGAGUGCCCAUUGCUCAGUCCCAGCUCCUGCCAACCUAGCAGUUUGAAAGCACGUCAAAGUGCAAGUAGAUAAAUAGGUACCACUCUGGCGGGAAGGUAAAUGGCGUUUCUGUGCACUGCUCUGGUUCGCCAGAAGCGGCUUAGUCAUGCUGGCCACAUGACCUGGAAGCUGUACGCUGGCUCCCUCGGCCAAUAAAGCAAGAUGAGUGUCGCAACCCCAGACACCGUCACGACUGGACCUAAUGGUCAGGGGUCCCUUUACCUUUACCUAAUCACUAAGGACUUAAGGAGCAUCAUCUUGAGAAGCUUUGCUCAUCUGAAAGUUCAGAGAAGCACUUGCCAAAUCCUAGGAACUUCUUUGGGAGGGGAGCAUUCAAGCUCCGUUGGUGCAGCCCGACUGGAGUUAGGGUGGCGUUUGUUGCAGGUAAAUAGCAGCGGGUUUACAGGUGGUGUACCUGCAAUAGAACAAGAUUGGCAGGAGUUGUUCAGAGGGGGGUAGUAUUGGAAAGGUCCUACAUCUGCAAGAAGGACCCACCUGCGUAGAUGGAGAAGUUGGGUUGUAUAGGUCUGGUGUGGGGAAGGGGAGAGGGAAGUACCUUCUCUGACUCUCGCCACCAUGUUCACUUUCCAGUACCGAGAGGAGAGAUUCCGCAUGACCAGCGAGAGCACCAACCAGCGGGUGCUGUGGUGGUCCAUUGCCCAGACCAUCAUCCUCAUCCUCACUGGCAUUUGGCAGAUGAGGCACCUCAAGAGCUUCUUUGAGGCUAAAAAAUUGGUGUAGCCCUUCUGACAGCACAGGCACCGCUUCCACCGAGCACUUCUUGACCCUCCUGGAUUUGGCACAACUGAAAGGACAGAUGGAAGCACAGCAAGUGAAACAUCUUUGGAGCAGCAUUUGCAUACUUCCUCUUCCCUGAUGAAGGGGGUGCCCUGCCCACAGAAGUCUCUCACGUGCCACCCCGUUCUUUGCUUUGCUGUGUUGCAGCAGCUGGAAAAGCCUCUGUGGGCAGUGCCCUUGUGCAGAUCCAAAGGAAGAGAAAAUUGCUUUCUAAGAAACUGAGUAGGCACUUUUUUAAAAAAGUGCUUUUCUGUUUCUGGAUCCCGGUUGGUGGGAGUGACUUCUGGGUUGUUCUGUUCUGGUGGUUCCCUGUCGUUCUUUGCUCUUAACACAUGAGGUUUGUGGGGGCAGCCCUUGUAGUGGAGAACGGCCCGGAAGAAGAAAUGGGAGGGGUUGAAUAACAUUUAUACUCAAAAUGGGUUUUUUCUUGCUGGGGGUGGGGGUGGCCUGAUACCUACUGGAACUUGGGGCAGGGGCUGCUUAGGACAACAGCAGUGGUUGCCUACAGGGUUCUGGCAGCAUCUCUUCUUGUAACCCUCCCCAGUUUCCAGCAGAGAGGCUAGAUAACCAUUGUGAACAAGAGGUUAGCAAAACUUUAGGCUCCAGGUGUUUUUCAAGUGCUAGCUAGCACAGACGGGAUCUCUAGACUUCUGCAAAUGAGCCUAGUUUAAGGAUACCCACAGGUAGUAUCUUUUAAUUGCACAGAGAGGAGUUUCCACUUGGAUGAGUAGGGGUUUUUUUAUACGGCCCUGCUAAUGCCUCUAGUGUGGAUGGCAGGAAGCUUGCUAGGAGACAGCAUUAAGUAAGUUGCCAUUUAUGUACCAUGGAGCUCCUUAACAGCCUUUCUUGAGUUUGGAAAGAGAGGCCUCUCCCUAUGCAAAAGCAUGCCUGAUGAUUUGUGGGUGACAGCAGAGCUGGAGCAUGGAAUGGUGGAGAAUUUGAAAUGCAGUUAUCUCCCCUCCUCAUCCCUGCGUUUUAUUUCUUGCCCACUACAGUAAAUUCUUAAUAAUGUUCCUUGUUACAGUUCUGGAGUGAAAUAAAAUUUCCUGCGAAAGGCUUUCUC